UCAUGUUUGUCGUUGUAAAUGUGUGUUUUUCAACAGAGAUUUAUAGAGUUCCAGUUUUUAUUCAAAACCAUCGGUUGGUUGUCGAUAUAUCCCUGAAUCGACAAGAUGAUGCAAUGAUAGUUAGCACUAUUACUUCCAACAUACCACGGGAUUUUAUGCCAACGUCAAAUUAUCAUGAUUUUAACACGAGUAUGAAGGCGUUCAAAAGCAUUGACAGUGGAGAAUGUUAUAUAAUGCGGACAUCUGAGACGAUUGGCAUGGUUGAUCAGGUUCUUGAUAAUAUAAUAAGGCACAACUUUCAGCAACAUCCAAUAGAACAGUGCUCCAAAGCAGACACUCAUCUUUUAUCAGAUGCCGAAGUUGAAGCAAUUGCUGGCAGGCGUAUUAGAGACUUCUGCUCCGGAUAUAAGAGCUACACAAGUAAACGUAUCAGAAGGGAAGUAUCCUCUCUAACAGAUAAUCCAGUUGGACAAAGUAUUAUCGGACAAAAUAAUCUGUUUUGUCUGCUUUGCUGGAGGUCACGGAGUUGCUGAAAAAAUGGUUGUUCGUUUUAUCUGAAGACGGUCAACAAUCAGAAUAAAAUAAAUUAUUUUGAAACGA